CCUUCUCUCGCUCACACAGUCCGGUCCUUUGUCCUCAAAGCGGGUCGCACGCAGCUGGAUUCCACAGCUGGAUCGUGGCAGGCGACGGGCACAGAUGUUUCUGUAACUUACUGAGGCAGAACCGCGGUGGUUCUGACGAGCCAGCGCGCGUUUGGAUCGCAGCGGGUUUGUACCAGGAACUCCAGCCGUGUGGAGAUCCACCGACGGAACAUCACGCACACAUCAGCACUUCCCACAACUUCAGUUUCGGGAGCAUUUGAUGUAGUGAAUGCAAAUGGGCGUAAAGUCUUUAACUGAGCCUCUAAUUAGUGGAUGGUGCGCAAAAUAACUUUAAUGUAGUAGAAUAUAACAACAUUGACAUGUUAGUGAUUCUAAAGGUCGAGAACUGGAUCCUUCGAAACUAUUUACGCACGGAAAAGUGAAAGCAUGAUUCUUAAUGAUUAGACAGACGGCAUUAUUAUUAUUAUUAUUAUUAUUAUUAUUAUUAUUAUUAUUAUUAUUAUUAUUAUUAUUAUUAUUACUAUUAUUACAUGUAAAAUCAUGCAUGCUCACGGACGUACAAGCCUGUGUGUUGACGUGAGGUUGCUGCAGGGAUGAUGCAUAUUAAUGUGGACGAUCUUAAUGAACAUGUCUGAGACUGUUUUUAUGUCAUCACACCCACAGACUCCUGUUGUGUUUAGACGUAGGUUGAAAAGCUCCGUUUGUUUAAAAUGAGUAAAUUAGUUGGCAACCGAAGAGAGUUUUUCUUCUUUGUGUCCUUAAAAUAGACUAAAGGAAAAAUUACUGUGUAGCUGAAACGCUCAUCAUCCGCACUUGUAAUAGCUGUUCCUGUUAGUUCUGUGUCAGUAUCUCUGACAGCAGAACCUUCUGCUGGUCAAAUGCCCAAAGUACACAUGGUGAUGCUGAGGAUUACUGUCUUUAGUUAGAUUGUUGCUGGUCCCCAGAGGAUCAACCCAAUUGUCAUGGUCAACACCUUGAACACGCCAGCCAGAAGCUUGUGCCUCUAAUAACCGGUGAGAAUCGCACUAAAACCCAAAGCGCAGAUUUGGGUGAUGGUCUGGGUGGAAGGUGUGAGGGUCGCUUUCUGAGGUCGAGCGGACGGAGAAGAGUUAACUGGGAUGUUGACACACUCAUCUGAGGUGAAAGAUGAGAGCGGAUGUUGCUGAAGUCCUGGCAGGUCCGUCAGGUGCGGCUGGUUUCUCAGUUCACGGUUCGUUGCUCUGAACUUUGCCUGCAGUGCUGCCAGCUUGUCCUUUCCCGCGUGUGCUCCUGUCAACCGAGGGGUUCAGUGAUCCCUUCAGGAAACAACGGCCGAGCCGAGUGUGAGGACACGGUGCGGAGUCACCGCUUGCAGCAGCAGAGCAGCAGAGCACAGACCCACCGUUCCUGCGUCUAUGUGGAAUAUUCCCAUGUUUUUCAGUUCUCCUGGUGCCGUUUUGGUGUCCUGCAGUUGUCCACUACCUUAAGCAGAAAGUGUGUCCACUAAUAUUAUAAUUAGAAUAAUAUAUGACAUAAUGUGGCUAUCAUUGGUUUAUGUGCAGCAAUUAGGGAACUUAAGAGGUAACAAUUAAAACAGCUCAUUUCAUAAUUAAAUUGUUGAUGCUUUAAAACAAAUUCACCAAUUGCCCAAAUGGUCAGUUAAAUAAGCUAACAACAAUACAAUUCUGCAGCUCAGUUAUCAAAGAAAAAGUUCUCGCUUUUCAGCUUUUUGGACCUAUAUAGCAAAGUGUCCCAUCGCCUCAUCUCCUCCGUGUGUAGACGAGAUCCAGGUCUGCUCAAUUGGAGUCCGUGCCCUCUGCUAAUGCUCAUUCAUCUUCAUGAAGUGGAUCAUUGGACGUGGCUCCGCACAAAGUGGACAUUUAAUUACAGUUUGAGGCAUCGCGUCACUGCAGUGGACGUACAGGACGUUUUAAGAGGACAUAUUAUAAUUGCAUUCUUGUUGUGGGAUAAUAAAGGAGCUUUUGAUAUGGGCGAGAGAGUGAAAGGCAGAAAUAAGUGUUGCCUCGGUUUAAUAAAGGCUCUGAAACGUUUGGGUAGAAGCUACGGAAAGAAAGAGAAAUUUGUAGGCUGCGGCUGCAUUUACUGAGGAUGUGAGUUUCUCCAGGUUUGACAAUCUCCCUUUUUGUUAUGGAAAUUAGGAGGAAGCCAUUAAAAAACGUGCGACUCCUAUUUUUCCAUUACGAAUGAAAACAGCCUCUAAGUGUCAGCAGCAGACACAGAGAUGCGAAGGAUGGAGGUGUUGCCAUUUUAAUAACGUAAAGGAAGAGGAGCUGGACGCUGAUGUGAUUUUCUAGGCAUCCAACACAAACUGUUCUCUCUGAGCAGCAAACUGACGGCAUGAGUCAUUCGCCUGCUGGGCCUCUCUCAGCGAAGCGCCGUCGCUUUGGAAGGACAGCGUUUCAGGGGCUCAGUCUGUUGCUUCUCUCGCUUGUUUGAAGCCAAAACGUGUGAAGGCCACGAUCGGUAACUGCAGUACGAUGCUAUGACGCUCCUUCAGGAAGCUGCGCUUCUCCAGUUGGGACGACAACUCCUGUCUCGUUAUAUUGACUGGACAGUGUGGAGAGAAAUGAAAGACGUAGACUUACAGUGAAACCUCACUGUUCUAUUGCACAAUUAAGAGCCUUUCAGCGACCAAAAUAGCAUCAUGUUGGUGUGUGAUGCGGCUGCAGCGCUUUGACGGAGCCUGACAAGUGAGAGGUUUCAUAUUUAAUUAGACCGAAAGGGAAACGCUACAAAAACUACAAAACACUUCUUGUAGUUGUGUAUCAAGACUCAAUAUUGUGAAUCUGAGCACGAAUUUAUCACUUGAAAUUCAAUCUGCCCUAGAAAUUAGAAAUGACAGCAAGCAAGUGGCGAACAAGCAGCAGGUACAGGAGGUGCAGACGACUACAGCAGCCGCGGAACCAAGGAACCAGCUGUUGAAGCGAUCAGUGCUGAACGUGUAAUGUUGACCAUGCCUUGGAUGGAUCUGUUCAUGGUCCCCAGCUGAUGAAUCAGACACCUGACUGAACUAUUGGAAAUAACAUUGGAACCUUUGGGUUGGAUGUGUGGACGUAGCUCAGUGACAGUGACAGUGGAAGCUGUCAGGCUUUUUGUCCACAUCGCGCCGUCGUGCAUGAAAUUUCCAAAAGCGCCCGGACGCACGCAGCAGAUCUGAUCGCUGGCACGAUGGUCUGUGAGCGGCUCGUUAAUAACCCACAGCGUGGGAGGCCUGUGCUCCACCAGUCACAUCCAAUAUGUCUGCUAUCAGGCGGAGGACGCACCCACUGAGUGAUGGCUCAGUGGAUGCUUUUCAUACAGCGGAGUAAAUAAGCGGGGCCUCACGUCCGUUCCCAGCUCAUCGAUUGGGCAGCUCAUCGAUAAACAUGUGAUAUGAAUAUGGAAUGACUUCACUUCCAUCCGAUCUGCCCACUCUGCGUGUUUCUGUCUUCCUCCAUCUUCCCGUUCACAUGGACUCAAUAGACUCACAAUGGCCUCUAAAUUAGCUCCUGACUUGACAGCAUCAAAGUCGUCACCUCUCUGGUUCCUUCAUGUCACACAGUGGUGCUGAGGGCAGAGGAUGCUGGGUAAAAGGCCCGUUGGGCCCUCAUCAUCACACUGUCUCUGCCUCUGCCCUGCUGGCAUCAACACUCUCCUUGUCAGACACCACCAAACGUGUCCAACCUUUCCAAAGGCUUCGGCCUUCAGGCGUCAGGAGGGUUCUGACCCGACCCGACCCUGCACUCGAUGGUUAAACGCCUGCCGUUACACGAGGGCAGACGCAAAACGGGGGCCGGCUGUGCACUUCCACAUCUAUUUGCAUGAUAAUCGUGUUUGUCUCUCAGCUGCUGGCAGAUCGAGGACAGAUUAGCACCUUGCAGAUGUCUGUAGCAAACACCCUCCGUCCUCCUUCAGCCAAAACAAAGCGACAAUCACACGGCCGCGUAUCAAAGCGCCGUUGUGUUGUGAUUACUUUGCAGUUUUUCACUGACAGCAUCAGGGCUACGGAAUCUGAAUUAUGUCCUCACCACAGCACAAAUUGGAACACAGCUGUCGGGCAGAAUGUGAAUUCCAUCAGCGGUGAAAUCGGGAUCAGCUCAGUAAUAAACAAUUUUUGGAAAGAUUAACAUCCGCGAGUCGCUACGACGCCGGAUCAGGCUGCCAGCGGAGCUUAUUUAGAUCAGGCCGCGGCUCUGGAACUUUGAAGUAGCAUCAGACGAGGUGGGGAUAGUAGUAACUGGAGAGGAUGUUGACGAGGGUCCCGUUUGAUCUGCGGCCGCGUGGCUCCUGCUCUAUGGGAAUGCAUAAGACGAGCUUCGCUGGAGAAAUUAGCCGCGGUGGCGGCUAACGCUAAGCGUCCGGUUAGCCGUCACAAAGGACGGAGCGAGGCGGCAAAUCGGGGCUUUUGGGCUGAGGUUGUGCAUGGUUUCGACAGAGCUUGACAUCCUAUGUAACAGGUUGCUCUUCAGUAACUCAGGCUAAGGUACAGAUCUGCGCUUGUUUUGUGAUUCAGGAACAUAACAGUCUGUCCAGUGUGAAGCAAAGUGUGAAGACGCCAUCUGCGCCAAUGUGGGAGAUUUUCUUUGUGCCACUGCGUCCUUGACUUCGUCCUCCCCUCGCUCUCUCUCUCUCUCUCUCUCUCUCUCUCUCUCUCUCUCUCUCUCUCUCUCUCUCUCUCUCUCUCUCUCUCCCUCUCUCGCCCUCCCAGCUCCACACCCAUUGUGUGAACUUACUCUCCCGCCAGCUGCAAAGACACUUUGAAUCCCAACAGACAUCAAACCUCCAGGAUCGUUUCACCCGCGCUGACGGCCCGCGUGUUUCAACAAAGACACCAAGAUGUCAAAGAAUAGAAGUGAGCGUGAUUACCCUGAACGCCACACAAUCAGUGAUUAUCUCCCUUCUUCCCCACAAAGUCAGUGCUAUUUACUACAAACCGGAUUAAGUAGCCUGAGAUGCAGGCUGCCCCAGUUCCACACCACUCACUCGUGUGCAGCUGCAACACAACCAUUGUCACCGUGCCUUCGCCUUCGCUUCACUGCCUGCAACGUUCAACGCCAGUUAUCAAACUAAAGAAAUCAUCAGGAAUUCAAGACUGGCAAACAAACUGGAUUCUAAUAAAAUGCUUCAUGGUCUCCAGAGGAUCAAUCACAGCAUAAACACAAUCCACUCCUACCUGAAAUGGACGUGACGAUGCCACUUUCCAGCGAUUUGUAUUAUUCAUGUGCUUUCACGUCGUCUCCAUACGGACAGUUGUUGUGAUGCAUCUGUCAGCUCCACACAAUUUUACAAUUUAAAUGAAAUCAAACAGAAACAAGAGUCGUCGUGGAGCGAAUAAUCAAAUGUGCAAGACCCACGACUCCUCGGCAUGGAUUCAGUCUUAUAUUAUUCAUACUGUACUUUCUGUCCUGCUGCUUUGUGUGAAUGUGUUGGUUGCUGGUGUGUUUGUCUUCAGCUUCUCAGCUUAAUUACCAUUCUCUCAUCCUGGGUUCAGCUGUCACACUUUAACAUAACUGUAUUCACACCAGCUCUCAGUGGGAUAGAAUCAGACAAGCUGAGUCAUAAAUAUGUAAAGUCCACUUCUGUCUUUGCAUGAUUUUAAGAUAUUAUUAGCAUUAAGGCUGGAAUCACUAGUCAUCCUAAGUGUUGAAUUAGCGUUAGACGGGCUGGUGAAUAUUCACAAAUCACAGCACGUCGUACAUGUAGCAGCACAAGGGGAGAAGACAACGACGAGGCAAAGCUUGUGUCAGAAACUUCCUCAACCUCAGCCCACGGCCACGGAACACGGCGUGACUAACGCGACCUGGUUUCAGGACGCUCGUAUCUGAUCGGCCGUAUCGAAGCUGCAUGAAACCCUUAAAAUCACAGGAGCAGAUGCUUCGGAGCGCCUGCCGACAGGCAGCCUCCUACGCUGCAGUAAUGAUAAGUCAUGGGACGUUUAUUUCACUUCCUUUGUCUGAAUUAUGAGAUUCCUCUCCAGAUUUUAGCCUUGAUUUUGAGGCCCAUCCCUUCGUCAUGCUCAUGUAUCAGGUGCUGCACCUUGACGAUUCCUUCCACUUGUGGCGCGUGAACAGCUGUCCUCUGAUUGGGGCCGUCUCGAAAACCCUGUAGGAUUAUUCCCCCCGCCUGACGCUUGCACAGUUUCGCUGCUCUCGGCGCACAGCGAAUCGAGUCACGCGCAUGCGAGCGAGGGCAGCGUUGGCGCGAGCGGGCGGGCGGAUGGUGGAGAAAGACAAACGCAGGCCUCCAGAGUGGGAGCAGCGAGCAGCUGUCGCCCAGCGCGUCUCCAUGCGCGUGGAGGAGGGUGCGCUGAUCUCAGGAUGAGAGGCUGCGGUUCAUCGCAGCCCAAAGCUACUCGGCUCCACCAGCGAGCGAGCACCCAGUCGAUCCGUACAGACCGAGGCUCAGCGGCCUGUGGAGGUGCAGCUGUGGCCUCCGCGCCUCUGCAUGUGGGUCCGUGUGCCUUCAGCCUUUGAGCUUGAGCGCUCAACACCCUCAGCUGGCACCAGUAAUAAUGAAAAGGCAGCGGAUGUUGGGUCGUCUCCUCCAGAGAAUCCUCCAGCUCAUUCUUGGUGUUUUCUGUCCUUUGCAGGUUAUAUCCACCAGAAUGUAGAGAAGGAGGAUGUCUGUAUCUGACUCUGUUGUCACAAGCGCUCAUCUUCUUCAGUUUGCUUGGUAAAGGUCUGGCCAUAGAGCCUGAAUGCUGAACCCUUAGUGUGCUUGUUGAAGUUCAGUCGCUGCCUCGGGCUCUGGCCCCGUUCAACUCUGACCCCUGACGGGGCGCCGACCCCCCCCCCCGCCAUGUACAACGACAGCAGCCUGCCCGGUGCGUGGGAGGCCUCCGAUUGGGCGGUCGCGUCGCAGUGCCCGCCCUCUGUGGGCGGGGCCACCUUCCUGAUCGUGGCCUACAGCGCCGUCAUAGCCAUCGGGUUGCUGGGAAACGCAGGCCUGGUGUUCAUCAUCGCCCGGCAACAGGAGCUACGCAACGUCACCAACAUCCUGAUCGCCAACCUGUCGUGCUCCGACAUCCUGAUGUGCGUGGUGUGUCUGCCUGUUACCGUCAUAUACACCCUGAUGGACCGAUGGGUGCUGGGAGAGGCGCUGUGUAAGGUGACGCCUUUCGUCCAGUGCAUGUCGGUGACGGUUUCCGUCUUUUCCCUGGUGCUGAUCGCUCUGGAGCGCCACCAGCUCAUCCUCCAUCCCACCGGCUGGUCGCCCGCCGCCGGCCACUCCUACCUGGCCGUGGGCCUGACGUGGCUGGUGGCCUGCUUCAUCUCGCUGCCCUUCCUCUCCUUCAACAUCCUCACCAACGACCCGUUCCAGAACAUCAGCCUUCCGGCCAACCCUUUCAGGGACCAUCUGAUCUGCAUGGAGCUGUGGCCGUCAGACAAGCAUCGUCUGGCCUACACCACGUCGCUGCUGCUCUUCCAGUACUGUUUGCCCCUUCUGCUGGUGCUGCUCUGUUACCUCAGGAUCUUCCUGCGCCUGAGACGACGCAGGGACAUGCUGGAGCGCAGCAGGAGGACUCGAGGAGCCCAGAGGAUCAACGUCAUGCUGCUGGCCAUCGUCGUGGCCUUCGCUCUGUGCUGGCUGCCACUCAACGUCUUCAACACAGUGUUUGACUGGCACCAUCAGGCUCUGCCCGACUGCCAGCACGACGCCGUCUUCUCCGCCUGCCACCUCACGGCGAUGGCGUCCACCUGCAUUAACCCCGUGGUGUACGGUUUCCUCAACAGCAACUUCCAGCGGGAGCUGAGGGCGACGCUGCUGCGCUGCCAGUGCCGCAGCCAGGCGCCGGAGAGCUACGAGGCCUUUCCCCUGUCCACCGUGGGCAGCGAGGGCGUGACCAAAGCCACGUCCAUGAACAUGAACUCCCCCAGGCCUGAGAUCAGCUCAGCCAUCCCGGCUAAAACAAUACCGAUUCACAUCUGAGGGGACGCGUGUCUGAUCCGCGUUUGGCAGGCGAGCGGCCUGUGAGGCCGACAGCUGGAACAAUGUGACUUGUCAAAGUCAAAUAGGACUUUAGGUUCACCUUUGCUUCAUUCCAUAGCCUCCCUGGAACAGAAAGACCACAGAUGUUCAGUAGCAACUGGACUCCACAGGCAGAGGCUGGUUUGCAGUCAUGCGAUCAUUAAUAGCUUUCUGGGGGCGGAGCUUUGCCGAAGGCAGCGGUUCCUGAGUCGUCCUGAACGUUAUUAGCUAGUUGGGACUUAGGUAAUGUGCUUAGAGAGUUAACAGGACAGAUGAGUGCUGAAACAUUUAGACACUAGACAUUCGUAAUUAACACAAAUCUAAGGUUUCUUGUUGUGAACACUUGGACUAAGUAACACAACUCAGUGUUUAUACCAUUUAACACAAGAGGAGCUGGUGUGCGAUACAACAUACUGUAUACGAGCAUGUUUGACUCCAGUCUAUUUGAAACUAGGAAACUGGGAUUAAUAUUAUAAAAUGAUAAUAUGAUUUUUAAAAUGAUGAUGUCAUCUGAGGUGAUAUUCUGUUCUAGUGAUGUCAUCGGGAAACAUUCUGGAGGAUACUUCAGCCUCUGCGGUGAGCAACCGAGCUGAAAACCCUUUUCUGCUAGAGACGUAUUUUAUUAUAAAAGGGUUUAAUGCUAUUUAUAUUCAUUAACUUUACAACUAGAACCAAAAAGCUAAUUAAAGAUCGAUGGACUUUCGGAAGGUCGGUUGUGGGUGAUAGUAACACACAACAAGUGCAUGUUUAUAUGUAAAUGUAAAUUGAUUCAAUAGUAGAACACAUAUGUUAAUUAAUACGAUGCAGAUUAAAGCGGCUUCUUAACAUUUAUGUAUUGUAUAACUCAAACUGUUAACGUUUGGGACAGAGCUGCUCUACUCAGUAUUCAGACACUGUGUCUGAAGGGAACAAACAGAAUGAGGUCGUUACCGAUGCCUUACUUCUUCUGAAGGACAUUCGCGUUUGUGGGAAGGUUUCAGCAUCUUCUGUAGCAGUAAUCACAGCGCGACACUACUGUAGGUGACGAACGGAACAGUCACUGCCAACAGACACAAGAAGAGCCCUCAUUUAAAUCUGUUUUCUUCUUUUUGCAGGUGUGAAUAUAAUUUACAGGUUUAGUGAACUAUUUGUUGUCAUUCUGGAUCAGCUGGUCAUGAAACGUGAUCUGAUUUAAAAAAAAAAAAAACACAAAUAUAAACAAUGGCAAUAUUUGUGGGUUUGGUUGAGGAUGACUUCAUAGUGGCCUAAAAGGCAUCUCACCGCAAUUUGUUUUAUUUGGAAAUAUUGGGACUUUAGUGGAGAUCAGGUCAUAUUUCAUCACCAGUUUAUGUAGAAAAACACAAAUGCAAUUGCUUAUGUUUUCGUUUUUUAUGAAUCUCCAACGGCGGCUCUAAUCACAACUUGUGAGUUUUAGCCAUUUAGUUCUCUGCUGAAUUCUCGGUUUGUCAACUUCAUAGUGACCAUUUCAUUAAACAGGGUGUGCUAA